AUGCCCUCUUCGCGCAAGGGCCGUUCAUCCAAGGACAUGGCUUCUGCGGCACCCAUGCCUUUACCAGGCCCAGAAUCUGUCCGCCAGAAGCGUCGCCGUCUCCCUUCCGAACAACCGUGGUUUGGUUUUAAACGCCCACGACGCAGCACAGAGCCCGAAGUAGAAGCAACCAGUGUCAUGGUUGACGCAGGACCGACCCCUGAAGCAAAAGAAACCAGCUUGGAAGACCUCCCUGCAGAGCUACUGCAUAUGGUCUGCAACUACGUGGAUGUCAAGGGACUGAAGGCUCUUCGCCGUUCGAAUCGUAGGAUGAGCGAGAUUGCUGUCAGCCAUCUCUUCUCUGAAGUCUGCCUCACUGCCAUGGACCUGUCCCACAGCAAGCUAGACCUUCUUCUCCGGCGGCCUGAGAUGCGGAAGGCGGUUCGAAGUAUGCAAUAUGACAGCUACAUUAUCCCUGUGCCAAGCGAGGAUUUUGACUAUCGGAGGUAUUUUACCGGUGUCCUGAUACUUACUCUGUGUCAGGCCUUGCACAAGUCCGCCACUAGCGUACCGACGGCCGUGACUCAAGAUGCUCAUAAGCUAGCAUUUCAUCUCCAGAAAGAUAUCGACAACCGGCAUGUCAGCCUUAUCAAUUCGGUCACGAUGGUUCAACACACCGACCGGAUGCCUAGGCUCAACUCGCUGAAGUACACGGGAGGCCCACCCGAUUUGCAACAAUGGGACCAAUCUAAUCGCACAGCAUGGCUUAGAGAUAUCCAGUAUGGCCCCGCAAUCGGCCUGUUUUCAACUCUUCUCGCCUGCCACAAGAGCGGAAUAGAGUUGAAGAAGCUACAGAUCGAAUGGGACGGAUUAGCCAUGCUCGACGCAUGGCACGGGCUUUACGCUAGCAGCUUAUACAGAGUGCCCAAUUUCUUUCAGCGAGUGAUGGUCACGUUCAACAAGGCUGCCCUGGCGCACCUGACGAGUUUCAGCUGGCAGAUGCGGAUUGGGGAGCUCGAGGAGCGUCCAGCUGCACAACCUCACUCAGGGUUUCUUUACCGCGUUCUACGCGGAAUGCCACAGCUCAAAGAAUUGGAGAUCAGCUUCCGUUGCAAGUCCCAGGGCCCACGGAUGCCAUCUGUUCGGCCUAGACAGGUCUUGCUGAGCGACAGCUUCGGCUCUGCGGAGGCCGGCACUUCGAGCACCUGGGCUAACCUGGAGCCACUUUCCUUGGCAGGGAUGCAUACCGAAGUCGAGGAUUUGUUCGCGAUCUUGGAAAAUCAUCGACUCACUCUUAAGGUCCUACAGCUGGAAGGUAUAGCUUUUCAGCGCCAUGGGGAUUGGGCUGUCGCACUGCCACGACUCCGCGAAUGGGUCCGCCUAGCUUACCUUCAGACUCUCGGCUUUAGAGGUGAUCUGGUGGAAGGUAUGCCGAGCUGGGAUGCCGCAAAAGAUUGCCGCUACAAGCCUGAGGGCGAUUCAUGGAUGAAGAAUGUCAAGGCGGUGGAGUAUCUCACGGGUGACGGCGAAUUCCCAUUGGUCAAUAAGAAGCAAAUUGAGGCGUAA